GAAGGCUUCAGUAUCGGCUGUGAAAUCGUUUUAUGAGGAAUUAUACGUCUUUUGAGUACAUGUUGUUUUUCUUAGCAUUGCUAUGUUAGCAGUUCAGAGUGCACACAGCUGUAGCGGCACCUAUAUCAGUCUUUACUAUAACUUUAAGACAUUUUUGAACUGAAGCACUACCUUUCAAGUACAUUGCGUGACCUGAAUAGUUCAUGUUUAGCUCGGUUCACCUGCGUUAAUUACCGUGAAUUGUGUGCCGAUCUUACCCUGGAUAUGAGAGGCCAUGUACCCUGUAGACCUUCCAGCUGUGGAUGACACUGGUCUUGCAUCAGCAUCUGAACAGUACUUCUCGUCCUUGGAGUCAAGACCUCGUAAUUAUGAUGAGUGUUUUCAGUCAUCUCAGACGUCAAAGGUAGCGAUAACAGCAAGCAAUGUAAGGCGGCUGCAGCUGUUUGAAGAUGACCAGGCUGACUGUACACUGCUGGCGCUUCACCCUCCUGAUGAUCCAAUGCAAGUGCUGGCUUUAUACCUGCAUGAGGAGUGGUGGUGUGUGGAUGACAUCUUACGAACAUCCAGCAAAUCCAGAAGUGGCUUGAAGACGGUGCAGACGAUUACCGAGAGGGUGAUUGUGUUCCUGCUCAGUCAGGUAGUGGAGAGGUCCUCGCAGGAGGAGGUGUCGUUCUCUCUGCACCCUCGCACAGAGAGCUGCAAACUGCUGUGGAGAGACAGCCAGGCAGUCGGGUUCUACACCGUCAAACACAAAGGCAGCCUGUGUGACAGCUGGAGCAGCCACGGCUACCUGCUGCCCGUUCUGGACACGGUGCUGGUGAGGAAGAGCUCGAGGAGGAGAGGCUUCGGCCUUCAGAUGCUGGAGGAUUUCUGCUCCUCGUUCUCUGCAGAGACGUUCUUGGGAGUCAGCUCUCCAUUAUCAGCCAGCAUGGUGGCAGUGUGCAGGAGGUUCCUGCAGCAGCACGAGGAACAUCGGGAACGUCUGUAUGAGGUGGAGGCCCCAGGGGGCUGGACUCAACGACGAAACAUCUGGCUCAACAUCCGGCUCGGCCGCUACACCCUCGGUAUUAAUGAGGAGAGUAGUCCAACAUCAGGAGAGACACAGAGAAAUGAAGGAGAUGGUUCCUCUCAGAAGAUGAAGACUUACAAUUGCAGACUGGACCUGACCUCAUCCAGCACCUGUAAUGGGAACAUUCCACUGGCAACACGCUCUUCUGAACAACAAAUUAAACCCUGUGAUCCAAGCCAAGGAGUAAGCUCCCCAACCAGCGAGAUCUACGCUGGAACAGGAUGCAGCCCCGCAGCCCACGCCGAGGAUCCAGACCCUGGACCUCCCACCGGACCAUCACGGUCCCACAACACAGAACAAGCUCUGAUAUCCAAGCCCUCUGUAUCUGCAGAGGCUCGCGGAGGAAAGCCAGAGGCAGAAGAAACACAAAGGAGUGCCAAACGAGUCAGGAGGACAUGAAAUCACGGACACAGAUGCAGGCAUUGUGUGCAACACCAGCCCUCAGGAAUAACUGUUCAUACAGAUUACACACUGACCUUUAUACUGUAUUUCUGUUCUGGAGUUUACAGGCCUUUAUAGGAAUAAAGGAAUAGUACAGCACCAUACAA